GCUAGCGAAACGUUGGUCCACACGCUGAUUGCGGACUACCAGUCUGGUCUGGCAACCUGCAUACGCCGUUCAAAGGGAGGCGCUAGUCCGCAGUAGUUUCUGGAAGGAACCUCAUGCUUGCACCAUGGAGAAAGUCUCAGCAUUGAAAGAUCAGGGCAACAAGGCUCUGAGUGCAGGAAAUAUCGAUGAAGCUGUACGUUGUUACACUGAAGCCUUGACUAUCGACCCAUCAAACCACGUUCUGUUCAGUAAUCGCUCAGCUGCCUACGCCAAAAAAGGCAAUUAUGAGAAUGCUCUCCAGGAUGCUUGUCAGACUAUCAAGAUUAAGCCUGACUGGGGCAAGGGCUAUUCCCGCAAAGCUGCUGCACUGGAAUUUCUUGGUCGUUUGGAAGAUGCUAGAGCGACAUACCAAGAGGGACUUCGCCAGGAGCCCAGCAAUCAGCAGCUAAAGGAGGGCUUGCAGAACAUUGAGGUCCGGCUUGCAGAGAAAUCAAUGAUGAACCCCUUCGCCAUGCCCAACUUGUAUCAGAAGCUGGAGGGUGACCCUCGGACCCGGGAACUGCUGUCAGAUCCCAGUUAUAGAGAACUACUGGAACAGCUGAGAAAAAAACCAUCAGAUCUUGGCACGAAGCUGCAGGAUCCAAGAGUGAUGACAACCCUCUCUGUGCUGCUAGGAUUGAACCUCUCUGAGAUGGAGGAAGAAGAGGAGCCCACUCCUCCUCCUCCCCCCAAACCCAAAGAAACUCAGCCACCUCCUCCCAAAGAGGAAGACCUCCCUGAAAACAAGAGAAUGGCCUUAAAGGAAAAAGAACUUGGAAAUGCAGCAUAUAAGAAUAAGAACUUUGAAAUGGCGCUAAAACAUUAUAAAGAAGCCAUUAAGCAUGACCCAACCAACAUGACUUAUCUAUCUAAUCAAGCAGCUGUGUAUUUCGAGAUGGGGGACUUUGAGAAGUGCAGAGAGCUGUGUGAGAAGGCAAUCGAUGUUGGCAGAGAGAACCGAGAAGAUUACAGGCAAAUUGCAAAGGCCCUGGCUCGUAUUGGCAACUCAUACUUUAAGCAGGAAAAGUACAAAGAAGCAGUUCAAUAUUUCAACAAGAGUUUGACAGAGCACCGCACUCCAGAUGUCUUGAAGAAAUGUCAACAGGCAGAGAAGAUCUUGAAAGAGCAGGAAAAAAUUGCCUACAUCAACCCUGAGUUGGCACUUGAAGAAAAGAAUAAAGGCAAUGAUGCCUUCCAGAAAGGAGACUAUCCAUUAGCCAUGAAGCAUUACACUGAGGCCAUCAAGAGAAACCCCAAUGAUGCCAAGCUCUACAGUAACAGAGCAGCCUGCUACACAAAGCUGCUGGAGUUUCAGCUGGCCCUGAAGGAUUGUGAAGAGUGCAUCAAACUUGAACCAACAUUUAUUAAGGGCUAUACACGGAAAGGGGCUGCUCUGGAGGCCAUGAAAGAUUAUUCCAAAGCUAUGGAUGUCUACCAGAAAGCCCUAGAGCUGGACUCUUCCUCAAAGGAAGCCUCAGAAGGCAUGCAGCGCUGUAUGGUUAGUCAAGCCAUGAGGAAUGACAGCCCCGAGGAGGUGAAGAAAAGAGCGAUGGCUGAUCCAGAGGUGCAGCAGAUUAUGAGUGACCCAGCCAUGCGCAUGAUCCUUGAGCAAAUGCAAAAGGACCCUCAGGCACUAAGCGACCACUUAAAGAAUCCAGUUAUUGCUCAGAAGAUACAGAAACUCAUCGAUGUCGGGCUGAUAGCCAUCCGCUGAUGGGAGACCAGAGGAGCACAUGAAGAAAGUUCAAGACAACUGUGGAGCAACACACAGAUCCCUCAGUUAUAAUACAUCCUCUUUUCUUGCCUUUAAAUUCAGAAUUAUAUUGUCCUUGUUCGCACUAGGACUUUGUGUGUAUGUUGGAUUUUUUUAAUGUUUUCUUUCUUUCUUUCUUUCUUUUUAUAAAAUCAGAUUCACAAACUUUACAUUGUAUUUGGGGGGCACAUCUUGAGUGUCUGGAAAAGAUUAGGACUUGGGGCAACUUCAUUGGAAAACUGAAUUAUAGGUGUUUUAAUACAUCUGAAAUAUCGCAAUGCAGUGCACUGUUAUGCUCAGUGUUUAAAGGGGAAAUCCAUCCUAAAGCUGUUCUCAUAUUCUAAUUGGUACAUAGUUCUGAUAAAUGAAUAAAAAUUUUACUCAAGUUCAGGAUUAAGUUUACUCAGUGUUCUGGGCAUGUUUCUUCGAAGUUAAACUAAACAUGGUGCUUUAAAGUUGACUUAUCCAGUUAGUAGUACUCAGUGCUUCCUCUUUUGGUCAUCUCAGGGGCAAAGCUCAGCCUGUCCCAUCUACCUGCUGAACUCAGGUUGGGAAACUGCAUAAGCACCAAGGUGUAUCAUUAUUAUUCUGAGUAUCAACUACUGUCACUUUUUACCAAGACUAGGUUUGGUUAGACAGCUUCACAAAUUUACAAAUUUGAUAGGUGGCGCAUUGGCAAAGUGUGAGUAGAUACUAUCUGACUUUUCUCUCUAAUGUGCCUGAAAUCAAGGACUGCUGUUCAAUACUUGCCUGAUAAUGGGAAUAAUAGUUGAGGGGUGGAUUUACCUUUCUAAACAAGCCACCACAGGGUUUUUUUUUUAACUUCAUAGAGCAUCUUCAAUGUUUGACUUGUUGAAUACCCUACACUUCCUGCCUCUAAGGUGUAUAUCACCCAGCAAAGCAAUUACUGAGGUUUGUUUAUGAGAGACUUUCCUGAUUCAAAAGUCAGCUCAACGUUGGUCUCCAGAGAGAAAAUGUGUAUGUUAAUUAUUUUCCUAAUUUUGCCACACAUGGCUUAGGAUACCUCAAUGUUGACAUAUUGUUAGUGUAUUUGUAUUAUGGUUUCAAAUGGGAACAUGUUAAAGACAAUUUGCUAUGUG